AUGGAGCCUGGCGUCCGCCUGCUCGGCGACGACGACAGCAGCGUGCACAGCGCCCAUGCGUCCGAGGACCUCCGCAUCGAGCUCUCGAGCGUCACGCAGGAGCACGAGGACAUGAGCAGCGACGACCAGGUCUUGACGCACCUCACGCCGGUCGGGACCGUCAAUGCGUCCUACGUGCGCGCCGAGACGCUGCACUCGCACCCCAAGAAGCGGGAUGCUAGCCAUCCGGUCGCGACGAGCCUCAUCCUGGCGCUGCCCUGGGUCGGCCUCACGCUGCUGAACUGCACGGUCUUCGAGCUCCUCACCUCCUUCUUGACGUCCAUGGGCAUCGCCAAAUUCAUCCCGCGGUACCUUCCGCCCUUCUACGCCUUCUUCGUCGCGCCGCUCAUCGGCGGCCACUCGGACCGGUCGUACUCGUCGUGGGGUCGGCGCAACAAGAGCCUCCUCGUCGGCACCGUGCUCAUCGUCGUGAGCGUGCUCUUGUUUGGCGGCUCCCAGACGCUCUUUGGCGACCACCUCCUCUUCCACGUCCUCAAUGUCGUCGUGCUCGUCCACGGUGCCACGACCCUCGAGCUCGUCUUGCGCACCCGCCUCUUUGACGAGAUUCCGCGCGGCUACCAAGUCCACGCGCAAGCCUGCGGCGGCAUCUACCACAGCGUCGGCGUUGCGCUCGGGAUGGCGCUGCUCGGCGGCGGCACCGAAGUCGUGUACGGCGACGAGAUCAACAAGCGCAACCUCUUCCAGACGUGCGCGAUUGUCGCCAGCGUCCUUGUCGUGACGGUGGCCACGUCACUCUAUUUACGGCCCGAGAAGCCACAGGACGCGUCGACGCGCCGUAUUACGACCGUGGGGCACAUGGUCUCGGAGGUCUGGGACACGAUCGUGACGGCGCCGUACGAGCUCCGUCUCCUCUGCGUCCUGCAGCUCUUCCUUUGGAUGGCGUGGAUGGCGUUUGAUAACCAAAAGUUCAAGUGGUGGGGCAGCAAUGUCUACGGCGGGUGCCCCGCGCUCUCUGCCAACCCGCCGUGCUCGCACGACCAAGUCGAUUUGUACGUGCAAGGCUUGAACGAAGCCAACUCGGCUGUCCAGGGCAUCUCGGCGGCCGAACUCUUGGCCACACUGGGUUUUAUGCUCAUGACGCCCUUUAACCCGACGAGCCGCCGCCUGCAUCGACUCACGAUCGGCUUCAUGUGCGUGGGUGUGGUCUUGUUUUGCAUCGCCGUCAUGGUCGGGUCGUCGUCGCACACGCUCUCGUUCGUCUGCUUUGUCGGCAUUGGCACGUUCUACGCCGCCAUCUACAUUUUCCCGUACGCUGUGACCGGUGUCAUUGCGAAAGACCUCAUGGACGCGCCACGCAAGUUCAACAACAACGGCAUCUACGCCGCGCUCCUCAUGCAGUUUGUCAACGCUGCCCAAUUUGUCGUGGAAGAGUACAACUCGGCCACGCUCUCCUCUCUGGGUAUCCUCGCCUUCUCCUCCAACGACAGACGUGUCGACAACUUGUGCAUAUAG